AUGCCCACUGCCCAGCCAUCUCGAGUACCUCCAUCUUCUUCUUUGUCUAUCUUAACUGCCAAAUACACUCCUUCCAUUGUUAUGGCACCAGAAAAUCAAGAGAACAGGCCACCGGAUGAGGACCAAGAGAUUUCUCCUUUUGUAUUUGUUGUCUAUCGGGCCAGAAAAGAAAGAAGAUGCGCCACCUGUUGGCGCCACUGCUCGCAGUCAACUAAACCACCACCGAACCGAUUUGAUUUCUACCUUCGAAUUGUGUUUCUACCUAACCAAUUAGACGAAGAUGAAACUUCAUGCCCGUUCCCUUCGUUGCUUCGGUUCGCCGAAACCCGGAGACGACCUCUCCUCCUUGAAAUCGGCAACCGCCGAUGCCUCCCUCGGUCCCCUUUUUGGCCUGCGACGAACAAGGAAACAAGGGUCGAAAUCCCCAAAUCGAAGUUGGUGUUCGAUUUCUUCUCCACUGCAACGACACUUCCUUCCUUCAUCUCUGUUGUAGUUUAUUCGCGUUUCGUAUCCAUACCCGAUCAAACUAAAGAACGAGGAAAUACAAAUAUACUCGGUGAUUCGUUUUAUGAACGAGGAAUGCCACGUAACAAAUCUCAUGACAAGUUUCCCAAAGGAAUCCGAAUACCGUACGAAUCAACCUCACGCUUCAAGGGAAAACACUAA